AUGGCUUCACCUCAGCGCUCAAGAAAGCCGAGUCUGGCAAAAGAUUCUCUCGCGAGCAGCUCCUCAUACUUGGACGACCACCUCGAAUACAAGACGCGUCAGUCACACCAGAGCGGGCCAACCACCAGCAUCGAUGGAAUCAUUGAACAGCCAGCUCGACUUCCACGCAACACAAUGUCGAGCCUUUCCUUAUCCUCUCGAAGGUCUAUAUCUGCGAUCCCGCCCUCACCAGUGGUUGCACAAGAAAGCGGUCCUGUACACACUAUCUCGCAUACUAAUUGCGUGCCGGAACUCGAUGACCCUGCUCGUCUAGUCGCUACCAUCUUCUACAAUGCAGCUGCGCCUUCACAUUCCCAUCCACACCCGGAUCAGUCACCUCAGUCCAAACCAACAGACUUUCUGCCACCACCCGAGAUAGUAGCAGGCUCAGCACCAACAACCCGCAUAGAGGAAUACCCCCUUGAGCCUCCAGCGCCUGAGCCCGAGCCUCUUGACCAUUUGUACGGUCCAUUCGUUUCUCAACUAUGUCUCACCCACUUCCUCUCAACCCUCGACUCCCUCCUCAUCCACAACGAACCUGAGCAAAGGCGUCUCACUUCAUCCCACCGGUGUCUGGCAACCGACCCGUGUCGUCCACGUAUCAUGGAAGUCACAUUCUCUCCACCGCCCAACCCGACUUAUCUGCCCUCUGAACUCCUCUCUAAACACGAGUCAAUCUACAAAUUCGAGCGGGAAUGGAACUGCGAAGUGAUCAUUCAGCCCUCCAACAUCCACCGGCGCUACAAACGCCUCUGCGUUUUCGACAUGGACUCCACUCUCAUCCAACAAGAGGUGAUCGACGAGAUCGCCGCCUUUGUAGGCGUCCAAUCCGAAGUCUCCGCCAUCACGGCCCGCGCCAUGAACGGCGAGCUCGACUUCGCGGCGUCGCUGCGCGCACGCGUCGCCCUUCUCAAAGGCGUUCCCGGCGAUGUUUUCGAGAAGCUCAAGCCCAAAAUCACCAUCACGCCCGGCGCCCGAGAACUGUGCGAGUGCCUGAAGCGCCUCGGCUGCACGCUCGCCGUGUGCUCGGGCGGCUUCCAACCCCUUGCAGACUGGCUGGCCGGCGAGCUGGGUCUGGACCACGCAUUCGCCAACCACCUGAUCACCGAUCCCAAGACGAACACGCUGACAGGCGAGCUGCACCCGGACUACCCGAUCGUGGAUGGCGAGCACAAGAAGAACCUGCUGCUGAGCAUGGCGAAAGAGAAGGGCAUCAGGCUGGAGCAGACUAUGGCGGUCGGGGAUGGAGCUAAUGAUAUCCCAAUGCUGAGAGCUGCGGGUUUGGGUGUUGCCUGGCGAGCAAAGAGCAAAGUGCAGAUGGAGGCGCCGGCGCGAUUGAAUGUUGGCGAGGGCUUGAGCGAUCUGAUCUACCUCCUGGGACUUACCUCGGUUGAAGUCGCCGAGCUCUUGAGGGAUUGA